CAUCAUAUGCACAACCAUUCACCGUCAUCUUCGGUUCAACCAUCAUCCCCUGUGGCACCGUCAUUUGGAGAGCAAGCCGAAGAAUUUGAUGCACCCAUAGAAGAUUCCAAUGGUAGGAAGGAGGAUGAUGAUUGUACUACAUCGUUUGAGCCUAUCGUACCUGGAGGACCCUAUGUGGAGGAUUCCUGGGCUUUGGUGCCAUAUCGGCCUUUGCAUUUCGGGUGGGAUAUCGGUGCUUUUGCUGACAGUCCACAUCAUGACCAAUCAGCUGAGAUUGAGGUGGAAGAUUGGACCCAUAACGUUGGUGAUACAAGCCGAUUCAGUAGAGUUUACCACCAGUCACAUCACGUCAUUUCUCCUUACACCGACCCGUGUAAAAAGAAGGUCAAAUUUAAUCUUAAUCGACAUAUUGAUGCAUCGAAGGAGAGGGCGUUCGAUGAGUGGUAUAGGGUGGCACCGAAGGAAGCAACCGUGUGUACAUCUUAUAUGACGGUGGGAAAGAAAUUUUUUGCUGAGCUACUUACCUCUGAAGGAUGGUUGAAUUCCGAUCAUAUUGACACUAUUUUGUAUUUCAUAUGAAAAAGGCGGUUUGAGAAGGAGAAGAUGUUCACCCACACCUGUGCCAUAUUAGACGUGUUAUUUUGGGUUAUAUGAUGGGAUGUUACUGCGUUGCUUAAUGUUAUAUUGAUGAUAUUUUAUAUUGUAUAUAUUUCAUUAUUUGGCAGUCAUCCAUCAAAGGGCGUUAUCCUAUAUGAAGGGCAUCUUGUAGCACAUAUUCAUGUGAUGCGACCCUUUGUAGCUAUGUGCGUGGGAAGUCACCCAAACCUAGCGUGCCGUGGCGGAUAUGUGAUUAUGUGUACAUCCCUGUCAACAAUGGAGGCGUGCAUUGGUUGGCAGCAUGUGUGGACUUGAAGGCCCGACAUAUUGAUUUAUACGAUCCAAAUAUGGGAAAUAAAUAUGUCAAGAAUAAAGAGUUGAACAAUGCGGAAUGCCUUACGUAUAUGCUGCCUUACCUAUUGAGGGAUGGGCGAUAUUACGAGAAGAAUCCGGACGUGCCUCCCACUUUAGAUCCAUUCACGAUGACCAUGAUCAAAGAUGCACCCU